AUGUACACAAUACGUGCCGGUUUAACUCGCCUGUCCACCUGCAGUAGGGUGCGAGACCGACCGGGGCAAUAUUCUCUCGCAUCGCUCAGCGGAACGCUGCAACCGACAGCACGUCUCGCAGGAAUUAUCUCCACGUUUGUGAAUAACAAACAUCUGCCUCCUCUGCUGGUGGCCAAAAUGAAAACCGGCUGCGCGAUUCUUGUGGCGUGUGCCUUAGUUGUGGGCACCUCUUUGGGGAGUCACGGAAACGCUCCAUGCACACCAGGUUUCUCCCAGAGUUUCUACACCGUAUUUGUCCCCAGGGGUGUGCUGCAAGGCCUGAACAUUCACAAAGAUACCCUGCUGUCAUCUGGCCAUGUGAAGUUCGAAACCUGUCAGCAAAAAGAGGAGGUUUCUUUUGAGAGCAGUGACCCAAAGUUCAGCGUUGGGCCGGAUGGCUCUCUUUAUGCAGAGCAAGAUGUGACAAAUCUAACUGAACCAAUCCAGUUCAUGGUGACGGCCAGAGACAGCGUGGGCAAGUCUAUCUGGGAGACCACUGUUAAACUGACCCUCGCCGGACACCCACCAUCACCUCAAAUUAAACAGUUUGCUGGGGAUGGUGUUUAUGGCGGAUCCUCCCACAACUACUAUCAAAAUCCCAGGCUCAUUACAUUUCCAAGACAACACCAGCGUGGCUCAUCCAAUGGGCUGCGGCGACAAAAGAGAGACUGGGUCAUUCCGCCAAUCAAUGUGCCUGAAAACUCCAGAGGACCCUUCCCUCAAGUUCUUGUCAGGAUUCGAUCGGACCAGGACAAAGAAAUUGAGAUCCGGUACAGUAUAACAGGAGCCGGAGCAGACCAGCCUCCCAAUGACAUCUACAUCAUUGAUCCUGUGACAGGGAAAAUGUCUGUCACUAAACCUUUGGACAGAGAGGAGAGAGCCUCCUACCAUCUCAGAGCCCAUGCAGUGGAUAUUAACGGAAACCAAAUGGAGCCUCCUAUUGAUCUGUACAUUUAUGUCAUUGACAUGAAUGACAACAGACCUGAGUUUAAGAACCAGGUCUACAACGGAUCAGUUGCUGAAAUGUCCAAACCAGGCACUUCUGUAAUGCAGGUAACAGCCUUUGACGCAGAUGACAGCAUCACGGCAAACGGGCUAGUGCACUAUCGCAUCCUGAGCCAGACGCCGCACAUCCCCAUUCCUAACAUGUUUACUAUUAACGGAGCCACAGGAGAGAUCAGCACCAUCGCUUCAGGCAUCGACAGAGAGAAAGUGUCUCAGUACGCCAUCAUAGUUCAGGCCACCGAUAUGGAGGGCAGCCUGAGCUUCGGCCUGUCCAACACCGCCACGGCCCUCAUUAGCAUUGCUGACAUCAACGACAACCCUCCAGAGCUGGACUCUAAAACAAAAGUGUCUCAGUACGCCAUCAUAGUUCAGGCCACCGAUAUGGAGGGCAGCCUGAGCUUCGGCCUGUCCAACACCGCCACGGCCCUCAUUAGCAUUGCUGACAUCAACGACAACCCUCCAGAGCUGGACUCUAAAACACCGAUCGACUAUGAGAGGAACAACGCCUUCACGCUGAUGGUGGUGGUCUCAAACCAAGCUCACCUGGCCAGCGGGAUCCCUUCCUCACCGUCCUCCUCUGCUGCUGUUGCAAUCACAGUACUGGAUAUCAACGAGGCCCCCGUCUUCCCAUCCAACCCUAAAAUCAUCCGUUUUGAAGAGGGAGUGCCUGCUGACACAACCCUCGCUACUUUCGCCGCACUGGAUCCAGACCGCUUCAUCCAGCAGACUAUCAGGUACUCCAAACUGUCAGAUCCAGCCAACUGGCUGAAAAUCAACAGGACCAAUGGAAGGAUCACCACCACAGCGGUGCUGGACCGUGAAUCGCCGUAUAUGAAGAAAAAUGUAUAUGAAGCAACCUUUUUGGCCGUGGACAACGGUUCCCCUCCUGCCACAGGAACCGGUACUCUCCAGAUUUAUUUGAUAGAUGUGAAUGACAACGUGCCUGUCCUAGUUCCUCAAGAGGCUCUGGUCUGCGAGAGGUCACGACACGGGUAUCCAGUCAACAUCACAGCCUCGGAUUUAGAUUCCGAACCCAACGCUGGCCCAUAUGUCUUUGAGCUACCCUCUUUCCCCUCUUCUGCCCGCCGUAACUGGACCAUUUCACGCCUCAAUGGUAAUUAUGCCCAGUUGAAACUGCGGAUCCCGUACCUGGAGGCAGGCAUGUACAGAGUUCCCAUUUUAGUUUCCGACUCAGGAAACCCUCCCCUGUCCAACACCUCAGUCUUGAAGGUGAAGGUGUGUCCCUGUGAUGAAAACGGAGACUGUACUGUGAUCGGGGCAGUGACUGUGGCCGGCCUGGGAACUGGAGCCAUCAUCACCAUCCUCAUCUGUAUCAUUAUACUGCUCAGUAUGGUUCUGUUCUUUGUGGUGUGGGUGAAGCGAAGGGAGAAGGAGCGUCAGACAAAACCCUUAUUGAUCGACCCUGAGGAUGACGUCAGAGAUAAUAUUCUGAAGUAUGAUGAAGAGGGGGGAGGAGAGGAAGAUCAGGACUAUGAUCUGAGUCAGCUGCAGCAGCCCGAGUCUCUAGAUCACAUAAUGAGCAAGCCUGCAGGUGUGCGGAGAGUGGACGAGAGACCCGUUAUCCUAGAAUCUCAGUACCCGGUCCGGCCCACGAUACCACACCCAGGGGACAUCGGGGAGUUCAUCAUUGACGGUCUGCGUGCGGCAGAUAAUGACCCCACUGCUCCUCCCUACGACUCCCUGCUGGUGUUUGACUACGAGGGCAGCGGCUCCACAGCGGGCUCCGUUAGCUCCCUGGACUCCUCCAGCUCUGGAGAACAGGACUACGACUACCUCAAUGACUGGGGUCCUCGCUUCAAAAAGCUGGCAGACCUCUACGGAGGAGGGGGAGAGGACUGAAGGUGGGAACUAGAGGAAGACGGAGGGGAACGGAGAGGGCCAGGAGGGACAAUUGGCUUCUCGGAUGUUUUAUUGAGAAGCCGUACGCCAAGCCUCCGACAUGGGCUGAUUAUCUCUCAACAAAAGGAGGAUAUUGCCCUGCAGCCUGCUCUGGACCUUUGCUGCAAUCCACAAGUAUUUUACGGCUUUUUACAAUAUUUCACGUUGUGGUUUCUUCAGUGUUGUUUUGUCAUUCCUCUCGGACCGCCUAGAGGCUCAAGAUGGAAUCGAGUUGCGACGGAGACAGCGAACUCUCUGCGUGCGGGAAUCAAAAAAAUCGGGUGCACACGCUCGUUUUUCUGUUCGCUUUAUCACUAAAGAGAGUUCCACGCACACUUUUUCUCUCAACUUGAAUUUCAGUAGAACAGAAGCACUGUUGUUGAUAAAGUGCCUUUUGUGGUGUGUUUUGUAUCGGACUCCUGCAAUCUCAGGGUCGGUUGCCAUUUUGAAAAGUUUCUUCUGUUGGGCACACACUCCCCCGUUCCUGUCUGCUCCUCUCGACUACCUUUUGCUUUGCUUUCAUCCCUGCAUCAACGGUGCAGAACGCCUCUUUGACUACUAUGUGGAAAACAAACAAAGGAAACAGAGAAUGUUUUGUCAAGACUUUUGUUGAUAAACACAGGACUCAUUUUCUCUUAAGAAAUCUCAUUCUCCCUUGAGAAAUUGGAGCGUAUGAAGUACGAAAAAUUCGAAAAAUCUGAAUUUUUUUUUUGUUUUUAAACUUGACCGACCAUAUAAUGUUGUGUUGUGUAAAAAAAAUCAAGAUCUUUUUUUUUUUUUAAAGAAGAAAAAAUAUUACUGGAGAAUGCCUUUUAGCUCAUACUCUUGCCUGCCUUGUACGAUUUUGUGUUGCUUUUCUGAAUUGUAAAGGUAAUUUAGGCAUGACAAGUUGCCAGACAGUCAGACUAAAAGUGAUGGCUGAAGAAACCCGACUCUAAAAGGAUUGCAUCAGAAGAAACCUUCUUUUUUGUCUUGAACAUUCCCUUUUUCUAACUUUAUAAGUUGAUUAAAAUAUUAUAUGUGCAUGACUUCUUUCAAAACAAUGUCUCAAAUCUCUCGCACUUGUUCCUCUGUGGUCAGAAUGUGAAAAGUAGUUGGCAAAGAAUA